AUGUCUGCUAUAUUCGACAUAGUCAAUCACUUUAACGAAACUCUACAAAAGAGAUUGGUAGAUAAGAAUGAAGAGAAGGAUGCCAACCAUUAUAUUUAUCAAGAUAAUUCACGUUUGUUUCAUUCAAAAAGAAAAUCGAUGCCAUGUUUUCCUAGUCAUUUAAAUAUUAUACAAGAUAUGGAUUUGUAUUUCGUUAAACAAAUUGCUCAAAGUAUACAGAUUAAAUUAAUAUUUAUAUAUAACAAUUGUAAUUUUUAUUUAGAUAUUAGAAUGCCAUUGAUUUGGAAAGAUAGUGAUCAUUUUAAAAAUAAAGGAGAUUGUCGACGUUUUGUUGCUUUUUGUUUGCUGAAGAUUGGAACAGAAAUAUAUGACACAGCUUUAAUUAAUAAUAUAGAUCGUAAUGUCACAGAUAUAUCAUUUGAAGAUGUAAUUGUUUUUAAUAAUAUUCCUCCAAAUUUUGAAUUUCAUUUGGAACUUUACAGUCAUAUUCUACAAAAUGAUUUUAGUAUUGCAAGUGCACCUCAUAAAAUUAAAAAAAAAAUUUCAAAUUCUGUUAGUAGAACAAUUGGAAGAAAAUUAGCAGCAAGCUUGAAAGAAGAUUUAAAUGCAAUUGAAAUUGGACCAAAAUUUGAUUUGGUAGCUCAUGCUGUAUUAAGGUUAUCAGAUUGCAGUGGCAGCAUACAGACUCAUGAUUUAACUGUUGAAAAUUUACCAAAUCAACAGCAUAAUUUACCAUUGUUUGGUCAUUUUUGUUGUCGAUUAGCUGUACAGCCAGAUAGUUUAGUUGAAGAAUUAAUGUCUGGUUAUUUAAGUAUUGUACAACAAAUUGGUAAUGUCACUGGAUGUAGAAGAAUGUGGUGUUCAUUAAAGAAUUGUAAAUUAUCAUUUUGGACAAAAAUAGAAGAUUGUCAGAUUUUAUCUCCAGUAUUUACUGUAUUUUUAGAUAAGAAUACAAAAUUAUGCAAAGAAGUGUCUAGCACAUAUUCAUAUAGUUUUGUAAUACAGAAUAAUUUUAAAGAUAAAACUCAGGAAUAUACUGUUGUAGCAGAUUCAGAGACAGAAUAUUUGAAAUGGACUAAACACAUCAAUCAACAUCUUGAAGAUCAUAAACUUUGGGGUCAUGCAAUGGAAUCUCCAAUGGAUAUACCAUCACCUGCACCUUGUCAGUCUCCAUUUUUCUUCAGAGAAAGACAAACAUCUCUUUAUGAAGAAAUUCCAAUUAAAGACAUGCCAGUAUGUAGUGGAUCUUAUUUGUGUGAAGGCAGUCGUAGAUUAUCAUCACCGUCAUUUCGCUCUCGCAGUUCUAGCACGUCAUCUACGUCCAGUUCAACUAGUGGCAAUCGUCAUUAUCCAUUUCUACAUUCAAGAAAACAAAGCGCAGACUCAGUCUUUUAUUAAUAUUUGCAUCAUCCAAAGAUAUGUGUUAAUAGUUUUAAUGUAGUAUAAUUGUAUAAUAUAUAAUACUUAAGUGUGUUUUUGUUUAUAGUUUUCUUUUAAAAAUCCAGUACAGUAAACUGUAAUUAUCAGGGGCCAAAUUUUGCAUUACAGAGUUUCAUACCAUCAGUUUCAUUUUUUAUAUCAUUUUUCUUAAUUCUCAUUAUUCUAUAUAUCUUAAAUUUAUUUGAUAACUUU